UGUAUGAGUGUGUGUGCGUGUAUAUCUACUGCAACCACCACCACCACCACCACCACCGUCCCUGCCUCUGCCCGCCCUCCCAAAAAUUACCCACCCAGUCUAAACCAGGGUCAGUAGCCAACCAGCUGUGGAAGAGGAAGGACGUACCGCGACUCUCCUUAGCGCCGCGGCACUUCACUCGAACUCUUCACUCGCCACCGCCGCUCGCCACGCACGCUCACAUACGCACGUACACACACACGCGCGCGCGCACUCUCAGACCUGCUGCUGCUGAUGAUGGUGAUAGCUGUGCUGUGCUCACGCGUGGAAUUUCGCUCGAGUGACGUGUAAUAUUUGUGGUUAGUGAGGAAAAGAUAAGGCGAGAGAGAGAGAGAGAGAGAGAGAGAGAGAGAGAGAGAGAGAGAGAGAGAGAGAGAGAGAGAGAGAGAGAGAGAGUGGGAGAGAGAGAGUGAGUGAGAGGUUGAUGCAUUGAUUGCGAGAGGAGAGAAGAGAGAGAGAGGAAAAAAAAACUGACGAGAUAAAGAAAUUAGUGAGAGUUUGGAAAAAAAGUAAAAAAAAAAGUGGAUUUGAUAGUGUGUGGUGCUGCGAGAGAAAGAAAAAAAACAACAACACAUCAUCGUCACCACCAAAAUCACCAUCACCACCACCACAAUGAUUACACGCCGCGUGACACCACCACCACCACCACCACAACCACCCACCACAACCGCCACCACCACUAGAAGCAUACCCUGACCACCACUGAAGAUAGCAAAGGAGGAGGAGGAGGAGGAAGAGGAGGAGCAAGAAAACACACACACAAACACACACAUAAAAAAAAAAAGCAAGCAGAAAAAAGAACAAUAACAAUAAAAUCAGGGAAGACCGAAGAUAAAGUGGAGCAGGUGGAGAAGGAGGAGGAGGAGGAGGUGGAAGAAGAAGCAGAAAAAGAAGAAGAAGAAGGAUAAAGAGAGAGAAGACACACAAGCAACACGGACACAGGCAAGGCAACAGCAGCCAUCCAUCCAAACUCCUAACCAUCCAGCCAUUCCAACAACGUCUUGAAAUGAUCUGGCAAAGGGCAACACGACCGGAUCGAAACUUCAUAGAUACAUUCCUGCCCCGCGAAUGUGAGAGUUUGACAUCGUGGAGGGUAAGAUGCGGCAUUACUCGGCCCUGUCUCAGUUCCGGGAGUUGAAGAGAGCAUCCCCCGUGACAGAAGGCAAGGCAGAAGGGCGGGAGGAAGGCAGCGGUAAGGAGUAGCGAAGGAAGAGACUGUUGCAAGAGAGAUGAUGAAGACUGGAGUGAACAGACAGAUGCUGCUGGCGUGGUGGCGAUGGUGGUGGUACAGGCUGGUGCUGGCGGUAGCAGUUGGGGGCGGCGCUCCAUGGGCGUGGGCGGGGGGCGUGGUGGGCGGGGGACUGCACGCCGUGGUGGGGCCCAGCCUCAUGACGCGCCUGGUGGAGACGGAGGCGGUGGCGCGGGUGGCGGCGGCGGCAAACAGGGAGUGCUGCGGCCUGUCAGACCCCACCGCCACGCCCCUCACGCGCCACUGGCUGCCCCACGCCCGCCACCACGCCCACGGCCCAGAUCCCGCCCCCGGUGACUCCCCUCCGGCUGUAUGCAACGAUAAUUCUCCUGCUGGCUUCUACUUAAGGCGGUCAGCCAACAGUCGCCGCUGGGUCAUGUUCCUGGAAGGUGGAUGGUACUGCUUCGACAGGGAGAGUUGCGAGCAGCGGUGGCGCAGACUGCGGCCCCUCAUGACCUCCCGCGGGUGGCCGGAGACGAGGACCGUGGGGGGCGUGUUGUCCCCCCAUCCUGAGGACAACCCGCACUGGUGGACCGCCAACCAUGUCCUGGUGCCGUACUGCUCCUCUGACUCCUGGGCGGGCACGCGGUGGGCGGAGGAGGGGUCUGGGUCGUGGUCCUUCCUGGGCAGCGUCAUCGUAGAGCAGGUGGUGAGGGCGCUGGUCACUCACAACAACUUCACGCACGGCCAUAAGCUGAUCCUCGCCGGCAGCAGUGCAGGCGGCGUGGGCGUGCUGGUCAAUGUGGACAGGGUGGCGCGGCAGCUGGCUCAGAUGGGCGUGCGUGGGGAGGUACGCGCUGUGUCCGACUCCGGCUGGUUCCUGGACAACGAGCCGUUCAAGCCCCUGCAGUGCGUGGACGCCCACAGCUGCCCGCCCGUGGAGGCCAUCCGGCGCGGGCACGAGCUGUGGCGAGGACGCAUCCCAGACCACUGCCGCGCCCUCUACCCGACACACCCGUGGUUCUGCUACUUCGGGUACCGCCUCUACCCCACCCUGCAGUCGCCCCUCUUCGUGUUCCAGUGGGUGUUCGACGAGGCGCAGAUGACCGUGGACAACGUGGGCAAACCGACCUCCAAGCAGCAGUGGGACUACAUCCACGGCACCGGGGAGAGACUCAGGCGCACUUUCCAGAACGUGACAACUCUCUUCGCGCCCUCCUGCAUCGCCCACACUGUGCUCACCAAGAGAAACUGGGCGGCCGUCAAGAUAGGUGAAGUGUCCCUCCCUCACGCCCUCUACUGCUGGGACAUCACGCCCUUUGCCAAGCUCACUGCCCGGAGGCAACACACUGGGGAAGAAAGAGAAGCAGUUAAGACGAUGGAGAACCAGGAGACGAAGGAGGAGGAGACAGGGACCAUCACUGUGAGGAUAAGGGAUGCUGGAAGGAGAGGCCACAGACACCAGAACCGCGGUGACAGGAAAGACAAAAGACACAGACACACAGGCGGCCGUAAAAGGUCAGGGGAGAGAAGCAGGCGGCGGCGUGGCAGAAAGCGAAACAGAAAGGGCCGCAGGAAGUCCCAAACUCGAAGGACACAAGCUCAGCAGAACCAGGAACACAGUGCAGCUAAUGGAACUAAAGUGAAUGCCGCUGUUGUAGUGUCUCAGGGAACAGGGACAGGGAAAGGGGGUGACGGUAGGGACUCAGGGAAGGUGCAAGGGGUGACUCAGGAAGGCGUGGACCUCAGCAGUAUAGGUGGGGAGAUGCUCGCUGACUCGCCAAAGAAUCCCCCCCAGAUUCCUUUGCGGUGGAGUCUAACGCUAUUGGUGACUCUCAGGUCCUCAGUGACUCGAAGUGGUGACCGCAGUGGGGAGAGGAGGAGAGAGAGAGCCAGGAGGAGACACCGGCGAGGUAAGAAGAGGAGUAAGAAUAAAGAGAGGGAGAGGAAGCUAAGGAGGAGAGAGAGGAGGAGGAAGAGGAAGGAAAGGAGAAAAAGACUGCCGCAGAAGAAGAGGAAGAAGAGGAAGAAGAGACGACAAGGUGGGCGUGGAGGACAACGGGACAACCUGAGGCCAGUUCGAUCCAUGCCCCUACAAAGCCCCGAGCCUUCUCCCAGCCCCGCCAACCCCCACAACCUCAGCCCUGGCCCCGCUUCUACCCUCCUCGGGGCUGCGGAGCUUGGGGGGCACGUGGGGCAGCAGGAGGAACUAGUACCUGACGAAGAGUGGACGGAGGACCUCUGCCCCGCUCAGAAUCUGCACCUGACUGAUCGCUGUGCUUGGCCUCAUUGUAACUACGCGUGUCCCAAGUUACUGAAUCCAUUUACUGGCGAGGAGAUGAACUUCACAGAGCUACUCAAAAGCUUCGGGCUGGACAUGGCUAGUGUGGCUUCGGCGCUCGGCAUAGACAUCCACACUCUUAACUCUAUGGGCAACGAUGAGCUGCUCCUUAUCCUGACGCAGUGAACACAGCAACUCGCGACCCGCACAGACUGAAAUGGAGUUUAAUGAAGUAGUGAAUGCUGAUUGACAGUGACUAAGUGAAGACUGACUUAGAGAGAUGGAAUGUGCGAGUUCCUACUUAAACGUGUUCCAGUGGAGUUUCAAAAGUUCAGGACUGACUAAGAGUGUUUACUAAGUGCUCCAGUGAGGUUUAAAAGGAUCAGGAGUAUCUAAAAGUGUUGUUAAAGUGAUCAAGAGUUGCAGUGAAGACAGGAAAGGACCUAGAGUGGCUAAGAGUAUAAAGGUGAUCAAGUGUUGCAGCGUGGCUUAAAAGAAUCAAAGAUGCCUAAGUGUUGAUAAGGUGAUUAAGUAUUUGUCGAGUUUCGCAGUGAGGACAGAGAAGGCUCACGACUGGCUGCAAGUGUGUGUUUUUUUUUUUUCUUAAGAUGAUUUAGUGUUUAUCGAGUGUUGCAGUGAAGACAAAGAGGUUGAGUGUGGUUUUAGAAAGACCUAGUAUGACUUAAGAGUGAUCUAUGGGGUACUCUGUUCGUCACUCUCCGUGAACACACACACACACACACACACACACACACACACACACACACACACACACUUAAGGGCUACAUAUAUUUUUUUUACUCUUUAAGAUAACAAUUAAAUUUACUCACGUGUAUAAUGUGAAGAAAAGAAGAACAUAACUUUUCCAUAAUGUAUGAUAAAAUAUACAAGACCUUUUUUUUUUUUUUUUUUUGCGUACGUGUAUAUAUGUAAUGUGAAUCUUGUUAUUAUUAUUCUAUUGCUCUAUUGCUAUGGCUACUGUUACUGUUACUACUACUACUACUACUACUACUACUUCAUCGUUGUCUUCCUCGUCCUUUUAAAAUAGUGUUAUGUUUUAUCAUAUUCGUCAUAAAUCGCUUCUUCUCCUUCUUCUUCUUCUUCUUCUUCUUCUUCUUCUUCUUCUUCUUCUUCGUCCUCUUCUUGUCAAUCUCUUCCAAACAAUAUUCGUAUGACAAAAUGAUUAUUCGGUGUCUUUUCUUUACUUCUUCCUUUCUUAUUUUCCUUUGCCUUUUUCACAUCAAUGGUUUUCUGGCGCCAAGAAAGAAUAAUUAAAUCAUUCUUGUUCUUUCUCUUCUUCUUAUUCUGCUUGUUAUUUUCUUCUAUUUCGAAGUUCUUGUAACAUAUACCAUAGAUUAUGUUCUCCUCUUAGUCUCUUUCGUCUUUUUUUUCAUAUCACUGGUUUUCUGGUGACCUAAAUAUCUGAAUCCUUAAUCUUGUUAUUCUCUUACUUCUUGCUCUUAUCUUGCAAUUUUUCGCCUGUAUCUUCUUGUUCACAGCUCUUGUUUAUUUUCCUCUCUCUUAUUCUCCCUCGUCUUUUCUGUUUUCUUUCUCACCAAUGGUUAUCUGGCGUCUUCUCCUUUUACUUCUUCCUCUCAAAAUUAUAUUCCUCUGUAUCUCCUUAGUCCUUGUACAUAUGUCACAGCUCAGGGCUCUGGUGGCUGCAGCGUGAGUGUCUUGCUACACUUAGACACGCGCACCGCUGCACUCUUACUCCUUCUUAAUGUAAGACCACAAAGGUUCACAGUGUGCAGGGCCGCGUGGGGCGAUGCGUUUUUGUAAGGACCGUAUUCUGAAACACUUCUGACCGCACCUCGAUUGCUUUAAAAAGGUUCUCGUUGAAGUUGCACGGGUUUUGAAGAUUUUUUUUUUUCUUUUUUACGGUUCUAGUGACAGAUUAACAAGAUUUCUACAUUAUGAUCAGGAGAAAUAUUAUUGAGAACCCAGCUAACGGUCUCUGUGGUCCUUGAGAACAGUCGUGGUGGAGAGACGUUUCAGAAUACAGGUCCAAACUACAGUCUCCGUUUAAAUGCCACACAAGCUCCGUAUCUGUUAUGUGAACCUCAGUUUAAUGUUGCAGUGUUCAUGCUAAUUUGGCGGAUAAGCUCCUCCCCCUCACUCCUGUCCAAAGUGAAAGGGGGCGGGGCUUAUUCACCAAGUUAAUGUAAACGGGAUUUUUUUUUGUUUAUUUUAACAACAAAAUAGUAAUUUAUAUUUUUCUUAUGUGCUUUAUUUUGUAUUUGUUGGUUACGAUUCUUAUUUUUUUUUCAGUGUGGUUACUUUUUAUUAUAGUGAUUAAGUUUAACGUUACUUUAAUUUCUUCGUUUUCCUCCUUCUCCUUUUCCUCCUCUUCUUUUUCCCAUUCCUCCUGAUCCUACUUUUCUUCCAUUACUACCACUACCUUCACCUCCUCCUCCUCUUCUUCGUUCUCUUGUAUCCUUUUUCGUUUUCUUCCUUCUCCUCCGUCUCAAAAUUUGUCUUAUUCCUCAUUCCUUUCUCUUUUUUUUUUUUUAUCCUCCUCCUCGUCCUACUUUUCUGCUCCUCCCUACUCUCAGUACUCGACUCAGGCAGCUCUGGCAGGUUGUUGUGCGUGCGUGCGUGCGUGCGUAAAGUCUGCACUCCGCUCUUAAAACACACACACACAAAAAAGAAGCAGGUACAUUAUUAAGGUAUUUCCAGUCACACGUGCAGGGAGGACCGGCCCUGUCUUCUAUUCCACGCGGCUGUCGAUAUGCGUGGCUUUGUUGUGCGCGGCUUAACUACGAGUAUAUAUUUCAGUCCUUAAUAUCCACGGUCUCUCAUUUACAAGGCCAGACCGUAUUCUGAAACACUUCUGCGUCGCACCUACAUUACUUUCUAAGGACUCUACUAUAGUGACACGGGUUUUUUAAGGGUGUUUAUACAUUUCUAGUGGCAGAUUAACAAGAUUUAUACACUGAUAACAAAAAAAAAAACUCUUGGUAACUCGGGUAAUCAUCUCUGUGGCCUUUGAAUGAAGUCAUGAGAGAGCAAAGCGAUUCAGAAAUGAUAAUAAAUGAUUCUCGGAAGUGUUUCUCCAGGUAAUAACGUAGAAAUUUUGUCAAUCUGUCACUAGAACCAUAAAAACACCCCUUGAAAACCUGUUCCACUUCAGCUAGAGCCUUCUGAAUGUAGUAGAGGUGCGGGCAGAAGUGUAUCAGAGUGUGGUCAUAAGAACGGCAAUUUUGCAUCUAAGCCAAUGAUGCCAGGAAGGGAAGUUAUUCGGUGCAGCUGCAGAGAAUAAUUAAGACAUCAUCAUCUUUCUACGGGACUGUGUGUAAUGUUGAACGUGUUAUUAUUAUUAUCAUUAUUGUUAUUAUUAUUACUAUUGUCAUUAUUAUUAUCAUUAUUAUUACUACUAUUUCUAUUUCUACUGCCACUAUACGACUACAACAACAACUACUACUACUACUACUACAACUACUUAUUAUUAUUAUUAUUAUUAUUAUUAUUAUUAUUAUUAUUAUUAUUAUUAUUAUUAUUAUUAUUAUUAUUAUCAUCAUCAUCACCAUUAUCACUACUACAUGUACAGUCUGCAGUCUCUUCACGUAUCCCUGUGUGCUGCACCAGGCCGCGGCACAACACCGUAUCUACCUCAGUGUUAUCACUAUUCUCUUCAUUUCGUCAGUGUUCGGUCAACUGUAACCCUGCGUAGAGGCGACAGGCAGGUACUAGAUGGGUAGGCAGGCACACACAUGAAAUUAAUAAAGUUUGCUCUUAAAAAUAA